AUGACUUUGUUACGUCGUUCAGUCGUUCAAAUUCGACAACAAUCUUCAUCAGCAAAGAAGAAUAUUACAAAGGGGUAUGUUAAUAUGACUCUUGUUUAUUAUACGACGAUGCUUGUCUGAAUCUUCUUUUUGUAAAUUACUUGGAAUCUCUAAUUGGUAUAUAAAAAGAAAAAAUAGAUUAUAUGACGUUUUAAAAAGUUUAAAAAAGUAAAGAAUAUUUGGUCAAGGACAUUCUUAUAGAUUGAAUGAAGUACAUCGAACACAAGUCGAAGGAGGAGUUCCGCCUUUGAACUAUGAUCAACAACGGGAUAAGGUUUGGCUUGGUCGACAUUUUGGUCAAUAUGGAGUAGCUUCUAAUGUCGAGAUUGGCAAAUUAUGGCCCACUGUUGAGGUAUGAUCUACACUUUUUGUUUUUGUGUUUAGGUAUUGGAACAAAAACAAAUAUUAGUGGUUUUACUCGAUAACAUGAUACGAAAUUACCAUCUGUUGAUAAGAAAUCACCAAAAAUGUGACUUUAUAAUGUUUAUUACUGUUUUCGACGAUCUUGCGUAUUUUAGGAGAUUCAAGAGAUAAACGAAUUGAAGUUUUAUCGACCGGUUAAAGAAGCGAUUGAACUGUCACAAAAGCUGGCUAAGGAGGAGCAGGAAAGACAGAGGAAACAGUAAGAAGCUAUUUCUUUGAUAUUUUAAAAGUUUAGUUUUUUUGGGCGGUAUUGUAAACAUUACAGUUGAUACCUAUUAUAAUAUCAUAAUCUUAAAGCUUUUUAGAUGUGGGAUUAAGUAUAUUUAUGAAAAUUAUUAACUUUAUCUUGUUUUAGCCUAGAAAAGGUUGAAAAGAAUCUCAAGGACUACGAUAAGCAGUUGGCCGAGUACUACGAAGGUCUGAAUGCGCCACCACCAGAGAAGACGCCACAAGAGCUUGCGAAUGAAAGGAGAGUACAAGAAAUUCAGGAGUAUUUUGGCUACUGGAUUGAUCCAACUGAUCCUCGCUUCGAAGUGAUGUUAAAACAGAAAGAAGCUGAGGAGGCUAAGGCUGAAAAGAUGGCCAAGAAGGAGGAGAAACGAAGGAGAACAGUGGCUGCUACUAGCUAG